CCCACGACCAGGGAGACGCCUGGACAGCGCAGGGCUCCAGCGAGCGCGCCACGCGGCCGCCGGGCGCCGAGGCGGAGGAGAGCGUGGGCGUGCGCAGCGGGGGGAAGAGGGGCGACCGAGGGCGGAGGGGGAGAGGAAGGCAUCGCGCGCGAGCGAAGCGAGGGAGGCACGCGGGUCUGCCAUCGGCGGUUCUGGCAGCGAGGCCGCGGCACGGCGCGGCCUCUUAUCCGCGGCCGCGGGGCUAGUGGAAAAGGGUCCUGGGAGAGGAGGCAGGAGGAAGGAAGAGGAGGAAGAGGAGGAGGAGGAGGCGGCGGAGGAGGAGGAUGAGAAGAGAGAGAAGAAGAGGCGGAGGAGAAACGGGAACCUGUCUGAUCGCCCACGGGGCGCAGCGCGGGAGACGCCGAGGCACGGGGGGGAGAAAUCAUCAUGCAUGCGAGUGGAGACGCGGGUGGUCGUAAACAGUUCCAGGGGACAUCUGACCCCGAAAAGUGUUCGAUGGGCACAGAUCACUCUGUGCCGCAUCGCAGGGUAUCCGCACCGCAGGGUGUCCUCCUCUCCCUCCCUGGACGCCUGCCCGGAUAUCGUUGCACUUGCCUAACUAGAAAGCGAUCGCCUAACUACUAAAGGCCUAGCUACAGGGCGUGCCGAAGCGCGGCAGACACUAAAAAGUCCGAGAUCAUAGCUCAAGCGUGGACGUUGCGAAACGCACAGACACAACGCAGCAGGCAAAGGGACGACGCCUGCGAGCGGAUGCCGGCAGAGCACUGGGUCAUGCCAGCCACCACCCCUCAACUCGCCCUCCUCCGAGUCCCUUCGAGUGGCCCUCCCGAAUUUCGGGGCACGGCGACUAUCCACCAGGCGCCCGGCCUGCUCACAGAAGUAUAUGCACGCUCGGGCAGGUGCCCUCGGCGCCCCGCGAGCCCCUUGGGCUUGCCAUCGCUCGGACGUCUCUGGAGGCCCCCGAGGUGGUCAUGGCAACGUCCGAAGAAGCCCUGGGCGGCCUGGCCGGGCACCGGCGUCGGGCGGACGGGUGGCGUCGCCCUGCACCGUGAAGGCCGAGCGGCGACGGCUGCCGCCAGCGAUCACUCGGCGGCUGCUUGCAACCAAAGGAACUUUGCUCUGGCCGCCAAAAGCCGCCGUGACCGCCGAAAAGGCGGAGAGCCGUGACGCCUUCCUCCUCCGUCUCCCCC